AAACAACUCGCCAUCACGCUUUAAAGGGCAGAGUUGUGCGAACUCCCAGGCAGUGGGGAGUUGUAAUCCAGCUAGCAAACCCUCUCGUGGAAGCAAAGUGGCCUGGAAAUCACACACGCGCAACGUCGACCUAAUUCUUUUAUAAACGCUGCACUUUGAACAGUCUAUAAGAAGCCAAGCGGAAGCCUGCUAUUGCAAGAGGUACCUACUGUAAUUUUCCAUGAUCCAGAACCUCUGCCCGGUUCAGGAAGGAUAUUCAUUUGAGCCCCAAGAACCUGAUCUUUCCGCUUUCCCAUCACACAAGUCACUGCUGCCUUGAAGGUUUUUGUUUUUGGUUUUUUUUCAGUGCCGUGGGGGCAAAAAACAACUGAAACGGAAAUUAUCUUUGCCACUGAAGCAGCUAUGCAGCUUGAAAUUCAAGUAGCUCUCAACUUUAUUAUUUCCUAUUUAUACAAUAAACUCCCCCGACGACGUGUGAAUAUCUUUGGCGAGGAACUGGAGAGCCUGCUGAGGAAAAAGUAUGAAGGCCACUGGUAUCCGGAUAAGCCAUACAAAGGUUCGGGGUUCCGCUGCAUCCACAUAGGGGAGAAGGUGGACCCCGUGGUGGAGCAGGCGGCAAAAGAGAGCGGGCUGGCCAUCGAAGACGUCCGCAAUAACCUCCCUCCGGACCUUAGCGUGUGGAUUGACCCGUUUGAGGUCUCCUACCAGAUCGGUGAGAAGGGAGCGGUCAAGGUGCUGUAUGUGGACGAUAACGGCGAGAACGGCUCUGAGCUGGACAAGGAGAUCAAGAACAGCUUUAAUCCCGAGGCGCAGGUCUUUAUGCCAAUCGCGGAGCCCGCGGGGCCUUCCUCGGAGUCCAGCUCGCCUUCCCCUCCUUUCGGGCAGUCGGCAGCCGUCAGCCCCUCAUUCGUGCCGCGCUCGGCCCAGCCGCUGACCUUUACCACCGCCGCCUUCGCCGCCACCAAGUUCGGCUCCACCAAGAUGAAGAGCGGCGGCCGCGGCAACAACUGCGCCAACGGUGGCAGUAGCACCAAGGCGGCGCGGUUGUCGCCCGUCGGCAACCUGGGUCUGAAUGUCACCACCCUACUGAAGCAGAAAGCCAUCUCCACCUCCAUGCACUCGCUGUACGGGCUGGGCCUCAGUCAGCAGCAGCAGAAGGCGUCUGCUCUGUCCCCCAACGCCAAGGAAUUUGUGUUCCCCAGUCUCCAGGGUCAGGCCAGCCCCGGGCCGGCGUUCCCCACCGAGGGCUCCCUGGGGCUCGGACCUCUGCCGUACAACAAUGCCUUCGACGUGUUCGCAGCCUACGGGAGCCUCAAUGACAAGUCCCUCGUGGAUGGCCUCAACUUCAGUCUGAGCACCAUGCAGUAUUCUAACCAGCAAUUCCAGCCUGUCAUGGCGAACUAAACUCCGCACGCAGAUGGUUAUUUAUGAAUGACGGUGGCUCGGAAGCGAGAGGAAAAACGAAGCGCACACUUUGGAAACUGGACUGCUAGCGAGUCGUCCGGCAAGCGCAUGUGCCCAAGGGUGUGUCUACCGGAAGCCCUUGAGUUGGUUUCUUACUCGGAAAGCGUGUUGUACAAACACAUCCAAGCUCGGUUAUUUCAAUUCAUCGUGUCGUCGUCGUCUUUUUUUUUUUUUUUUUUUUUUUUUGCCAACCAAGCACAACUUUCUUCUUUACCAUGGUGAAGAAAAUACUCCCAAAAAUUAAGAAAAAAGGAAGGGGGGAAAAAAUAAAUCAAACAAGUUUUGGCCUCUUAUACAGUAUUUUACAGUUGGUAAGACGGGGCUGAUUUUUAUGAAUUGGCACUACUACGUGGGGUUGGUCUUUUUCUAAUUGUAUAAUUUAAUUUAGUACUAAGUUUGUAAGAUAUCAGAGUAUAUAUUGUUUCUAUGACAUGGUGUUGCAUUUAUAUCUUUUUACUACUCCAGUGAUCUGUGAUGGCUGCAGCAGCUUUUCCUUAUUUUUCUUUUUUAAAAGAAAUCCAUCGUAAAAAAGAAAUACACCAGAUAUUCUAAAGAUUGUGUACAGUGUAUUCCUUUCGUGGUGGAAAUCAAGUGUAGGAAUAUUUGCUAUUUCUGAAAGAUGAAUUGUAUUUUCUGUUAAGAGGUUGACGAUUUUGCUAUACUAUGGACAACAAAUGUAAUUGUAUGGAUAUUAAUUUUGUACCUACAUUGUGCAAUACUUGAUGAAAAAAAUACGGUAUAACAAAGUAUUUUGAGUCAGUGUCUUACAUGUCAAGAGGGACUGAAAUAGUUUAUAUUGUUAAGUUUGUAUUAAAUGCUUAAAAAAGAAAUCUAUGCUUGUCUUUUAUUUUUUUUAAUUUCAUAUUUGCACCCUGGUCUUUUUAAUAAAAUAAACAGUUGCAAGA